AUGACAUAAAAUAAUAAAUAUUCAAUUUUAUUGCCUACAUAUAAUGAAAAAGAUAAUUUACCUAUUGUUAUAAAGCUAUUGUUUGAUAUGGCAUAAUACAAUGACUUGAAUCUAGAAAUAGUAAUAAUAGACGAUAAUUCUCCGGAUGGAACAUCACAUGUUGCAAGAUAACUUUAAAAAAUUUACCCAAAAACUGAAAAAAGAUAAAUUAUACUUCACACUAGACCAGGAAAAUUAGGUUUAGGUAGUGCAUAUAUGGAUGGUUUAAAAUGUGCAACAGGAAACUUUAUAAUUUUAAUGGACGCUGAUUUAUCACAUCACCCUAAAUAUAUUCCUUAUUUUAUAAACAAAUAAGCAGAAAAAAAUGCAGAUAUUGUCACAGGAACAAGAUAUAAAGUAGGUGGUGGGGUAUACGGUUGGGAUUUUAUCAGAAAAUUAACUUCUAGGGUUGCAAACUUUUUAGCAAAAACACUUUUAGGAUCUUCUUAUAGUGAUUUAACUGGAAGUUUUAGACUUUAUAAAAAAGAAGUUAUUUAAAAUAUAAUGAAAGAUAUUAUUAGUAAAGGCUAUGCUUUUUAAAUGGAAAUUAUUAUUAGAGCUAAGAAUUAUAAAUAUAAUGUUGAAGAGGUUCCAAUUGUAUUUGUUGAUAGAUUAUAUGGAGAAUCUAAAUUGGGAGCAAAUGAAAUUUUUAUAUAUUUAAAAGGAGUUUGGAAAUUAUUUGAGACUUUUUGAGUUUAUUUUAAUAAUUUUUAUUAGUAUUGAAUAUAUUAAAAAUUUAAUAAUAAUAUGGUUUUUUUUUAUAUUUUUUUAAUUAAAAGAU